AUACAGCCUUGCUAUUUUUGUCUUCUAUAAUUAUUUAGAAGUAUGGUGAAUGUUUCAUUACUUGGCUGUUUCAUUCGUUUUAUAGCAAUACGUCUAUUUCUGGCAAUAAAAUCAUGAAAAUAUCCCAUGCUAAGUAAUUUUUGGAUGUCUAGAAAGGGAUUUAAGCGAAUAUUUCGGAUUGUGUAGAUAUCAUGUGUCUAAGACGUCGAAUGAAUAUUAGCCAUAAUCAUGAUUGUUUCUUGCAUGUGCCUUGCCUAUACAUAACUGACGAGUGAUGCAUUAACACUGAUUGUACGUUUGAGGCCGGAGCGUGGUAGUCUAUCAAAGGGAUGAGACUCGGUUCGAAUAAGGCAGUUCACGGCAAGUGAACGAUAACCAAUAUGAGACAGGAUACUCUCACACUGACAAAGGCAUACACAUUAUGAGUACGUAUGAAGAUUACAACCAAAAAUCUCAUCUCUAUGAUACCCAGAGAUAUGCAGUUGGAACAGACGUUAUGGCAGCCAUGAUGCAAUUUUACUGCGGUAAAAAACUGCAGGAUUUGCACAUAUUAGAUGCUGGUUGUGGAACUGGGAAUUAUGCAAAAGCACUCGUUGGAAUGGGAGCCCGUCAGAUAACGCUUUUGGAUGCGUCAUCGGGGAUGUUAGAAAUGGUCAAAUGCAAACUUAGUGACUACAUAGCAAGAGGAGUAGUUAAACAGGUCAUUGAGGCAAAGAUGCCUCCAGUUCCGUUUCCAGAUGGAACUUUUGAUGUUGUUAUGUUCAAUUUGGUUUUGAACCAUCUUGACAGGGGCGAUCCUGCUUUUCCGAAUGGUGUGAAUACACUCAAGGAAUCAAUUAGAAUCCUACGACCAGAUGGAUUGAUCGUUGUAUCAACGAUUCUUUCAUCAACGUUUUCAAGUGUCACGUGGUUCUCGCAGCUGAAUAUGGAACUAACAAAUCGAUUCAAUGCAACCAUUCUGCCGUCUGUUGAACAGUUUGAAAAAAUGUUUGAAGAUGCUGGUAUCAAGUGUAUUCAGAAACUGAAUAUUUUGGGUUCAGAUCUAUACAAAAGCUAUUACAAUUUAAAUGGUUCUUUAGACGAGUCCUGGCGUAAGCCCAGUGCAUACUGGUCAUUUGCAACAACAGAAGAGGUGGCCACUGCUGUUCAGAAAGUAGAAAUGUUAAAGGCAAAUGGUGAAUAUGAGAAAUGGGUCAAGGAACAUGACCACACUAACAGUUCAGGUGUUCUCACCAUAUUCAUUUGUAAACGUUCGCUGGCAAAUAUUUGACACAUUUUAACCGCUAAAUACUGCUGUUACUGUGUUUUCUUGUAAAAGAAAUAUGCAUUACAGACAAUGCUAGUAACGCACUCUGGAAUAUGAAUAGAAAUUAUCGUAAAUGAAACCAAUCAACACGGCAAUAUAACUUAACUGAAAAUAAUAAUGUUCAUAAUGAUGCGAUAUUGUUUCCCGUUAAUUCUAGUUUUGUAACUUUUUAACAAUUCUCAUUUGAAAUUCAGCAUUUCUGAUAAGCUGAGAUUCAGACAAUAAUGUCGUUCCAUAAAUGGAAACUAAUCAUUUUAGUGUCGAUUAGAUUUAUCCAUAGUACGAACAAAAAUGAAUACGCUAAUUGUUUUGUGGUUUAAUGUCAAGCAUGUAAUUUCUAAUUUGUUGCAUAAAGUGUUAUGAUUCGGUUAAUUUAAGGUAUCGUUACAUGCUUUAAAUGAACGUAAUAUUGUGGGUAAAAUAAAACGCUCAUAUAAGUUAAUCUUUAUUCAACGAUAAUUCAUUUAACACUUCUGUUAUUCAUUUAUUUUAUUUAUGAUUCAUAUAGAUGAUAAGCUGUAAUUCUUAAAUCUGAAUAAAUUCUUUGUUCUGUUCUGUU